UCUUUUCUUUUAUAGGGACAAAGACAUUAAAACUCUAUUCUUCUUAAAUCUCUAAACUCUCUCUGUAUAGAUCGAUUCUUCUAAUCUCUCCUCCUUUGUACAUUAUUUUUAUAUUACUUACAAAAAAAAACAUCAAAAUUGGUAAAAUUGGAAGUUCUGUUCUGCGUGAUCUGUAAUCGAAGUGGCCCCUCGGAUCGUGAUCAAAGAAGCUGGUGACAGUUGAUUUAGUGUUAAUGCAAUAGCUGAGAGAGAUGGUGUUCAAGAGGAAGUUAGAUUGCGUCUCUGUUGGAUUCGAUUACCCCAAUAUCCCCAAGGCUCCUCGUUCAUGCAGGAGGAAGGUCAUAAACAAGAGGACGGAUGCAAUGGACUUGCUCGCUUCUCUAGCUGGCAAGUUGCUAGAGGAAUGCGAGAGCUCCUCCUCAGCCUCUUCCAACGCGUUUGAAGUGAAUAUGAAUACUCAUCGUAAAGAGAUUAAACAAGAAGACGACGACCAUGACAAGAAGACGUGUGUGGUGAACAGUUUUUCAUUUCCUGAUGACGACGACGACGACGGCGUCUUGGAGCGGACUCCUGUGUGUGAAACCAAGAACGUCAAAUGCGAAGAAGGCGUCACCGAGGAGGAGACGGGUGGUGGUAGGUUUGAACAAGUAGAAGCAACCGGUGGCUUUGUAACUGAUACUUGCAAGCUGGAGGAAGCAACUGUUCCUAGAACAGUGUGCGGGGAUGGUGAACUAAAAUCACCAUCUUGCGUUGAUGGUUCCCUUGCUAGACGACAAGGGAACCAUACUAAGUUAGGUAGAGAUGAUGAUGAUGAUGAAAAAUUAUAUAGUUACCAUAAGUUUAGCAAUAAGUUUAAGUCGUAUAGGUCUCCAACGAUUCGAAGGAUAAGAAAGUCUCUGUCCUCUCAAUACUGGAAACAAAUGGCCAAGGAUCUUGGACACUACAGAGGAGCUGAUGCUGGCGUAAAGUCUGUUUACCGCAAAAGGAAGUCAUGUUAUGGAUACAACGCCGCAUGGCAGCGUGAGACCAUUUACAAGAGGAGAAGAUCAUCACCGGAGAGAAGCUCGGUUGUAACCUCUGAUGGUGGUGGAAUCAGUAGCGGAAGUGUUUCCAAGUUACCUGAGAAGCGUGAUUCAGGUUGGUUAUUUUGCAACUCUUCUUCAGUUAUCUUUAUCUUUAGCUGUUUGAAUGGUCCUCUCAUUUCAAAGGGCUUCUUCUCAUGUUGUGCAGUGAAGCUAAGCAUCAAGUCCUUUAGGAUUCCAGAGCUUUUUAUUGAAGUUCCGGAAACUGCAACAGUAGGAUCACUAAAGAGGACGGUGAUGGAGGCUGUGAGUGUUCUACUCAGCGGUGGAAUACGUGUUGGUGUUGUAGUACAUGGAAAGAAGGUCAGAGAUGACAAGAAGACUCUGUCACAGACUGGGAUCUCAUGUGGAGAGAAUCUAACCAACCUUGGGUUCACCUUGGAGCCUGGUGGUCCCAGCAAAGUUCAUGUACCUUUGUGUUCCCAAGAUCCUCUUGUGCCUAUCGACCCUACAAACUUGUCUGAACGGUCUGCUGCUCCUCCCACGUUAGACACUAAACCUCCACAGGCGGAUGACGUGGACAAUAAUAACCACCUCGAGUUAGUUCCAUAUCAGAAGGAGAUAACUGUUGGUGAAGAAGAACCUUCAUCAGAUACAAGAGCGAUUGUUCCACUUCCAGCCUUGGAAGUUGAGGCGCUUGCCGUAGUUCCGUUGAGCCAGAAACCUAAGCGUACUGAGCUUGCUCAGCGCAGAACCAGGAGACCCUUCUCAGUGACAGAGGUGGAAGCUCUCGUACAAGCAGUUGAAGAGCUGGGGACUGGAAGAUGGCGCGAUGUGAAACUGCGUGCUUUCGAGAGUGCAGAUCAUAGAACCUAUGUGGACUUGAAGGACAAGUGGAAGACUCUGGUUCACACAGCGAGUAUAUCGCCGCAGCAACGAAGAGGAGAGCCAGUGCCACAAGAACUGCUAGACAGGGUGUUGAGGGCGUACGGGUAUUGGUCGCAGCGUCAAGGAAAACAUCAGGGGAAAGGAGGAGGAGGAGGAGGAGCACACAAAGAUGCAGACAUGAACAGAGGUAGAGUUGUUGAAUCAGGUGUUUCAGUGUAAAGAAAAGGAGGCAAGUAUUGGUGGGUGGGUGUGUACAUAUGGGAAACAAGAAUAAAUCGUUUCUGCAAAGGUUAAUUGUCUUUUAAUUCUCGUCUUUUUUUUUUUAUCUCAAGUACAUUUGUUGUUUUUUUUUUCUGCUUUGACAUUCUGUAAAUGACUCCUCCAUAAAUGGGGGAUGAGAUUCGUCCUGAACAAAGUUCUUAUGUUUACUUUCACAUUGAUUAUGUGUUUGUGUACUAUGGUCGGUCCAGACAAAAGUAGUCUUGUAAUUCUAGACAUUCUUUUUAUGAUUGUUUUAUUCUUUUCCCACAA